UGAUUACAAAGAAACCUUUGCACCAGUUGCAAAGUUGAACACUGUAAGAAUUCUUUUAUCUCUUGCUGCCAAUUUAGACUGGCCAUUACAACAACUGGAUGUAAAGAAUGCUUUUUUAAAUGGGAAACUUGAAGAAGAAGUGUACAUGGAACCUCCUCCUGGGUUUGAAAAUAAGUUUGGGUUAAAAGUUUGCAGAUUAGAGAAGGCUUUAUAUGGACUUAAACAGUCUCCAAGAGCCUGGUUUGACAGAUUCACAAAGUUCAUAAAGAAGCAAGGAUUUAAUCAAGCUCAAGCUGACCAUACUUUAUUCAUGAAGUUUUCAGGUAAGGGGGAGAUUGCAAUCUUAAUUGUCUAUGUAGAUGAUAUUAUCCUCACAGGAAAUUAUCACACAGAGACUAAAAGAUUGAAAGACAAACUUGCUCAUGAAUUUGAGAUUAAA